GAGGCGACGGCGCAGGGAGACCGCGGGCGGCGGGGAAAGGGGAGCGCGCGCUGGGAGCGCCGGCCGCGGGUGAGUGAGUCGCGCGGCCCAGGCAGGGCGGUCGCUGCUCGGGGGCACCCGGGAACCGAGACUCCUCGGCUCCGGAGGGCCGGGGGCGGGGAUCCGUCAGGACCGAGGGCUGUGGCACUGAAUCUCGGCUGCCUUAGAGCCUCACCGGGAAGGCUGGGGAGGUUUGAGCUCCCCCGACUUUGGCGGCUGCACUCCCCGGGCUGCAGAGGACAGCUAUCCGUCCUUUGAGGGGAAGACGCGCGCGUCUGGACCAGCUAGGUACCGGGCCUCCUCCGGGUUAAACCUGGGCCGGCUGAUUUAGCUUUAGCUGCCAGGACUUUUGGCUAAACUGAGCUCCCAGUUGAUCCCCGCCCGUCCAAGAGCGCGCAACUGGGGGCGCCCGCGCCGGGUCCCUGGCCAGAGGGGGAGCCACGACUUGCCCCUCCUAACUGUGGUGCGGGGCUGGCCAGGACCGCGUCCGGGUGAUACGGACCGAGGACAAGGCGGUACUCGCUCUGGCACGUUCGCUCUGCCCGUGCGAAGUUCAGCUUAGAAGUUGAGCCCUGCGCUUGUGGAAGUUUAGGGAGGAAGUGGGUGGGCUGGCGGGUCACCUCCAGCCUCUUCGGUGCCCCAGCUCGGGGACACCGGGCUCUCGGUUUAAUGCUCCGACCAAACACCAGGAGUCUCCCCUCUGUGUUUUUCUCGCCGGCUCUUCCCUGUUCCUUUUGGCUGCUCCGCACUGCGGCCGUGAGGCUCUCUCCCCCGGCGCUCGGGACCCGGACCCCAGACGAGGAGAGGUGUCGCCGCGGAGGUUCGAGGAGGGGUAGGAGCCCGCAAACUGGGAGAUCCCACUUUCGCUUCAAUCACAGUGACACCUUCCCUACCGCCCAGAUAAGGACGCGCUGGGGCUGGCGGCCCGCGGACUCCCCGGGGACUCGGACGGACGCGGCGCCCUCCGAGCCUUUCGCGCGGCCGAGCCGGUGGCGCUUUGGGUGUUGCGCUCGGGGGCAUCUCUGGACUGUUUAUAUUUUGCGGCGGCAGAUUAAACGCGCGGACUGGAAACAUCUUGGGUUCUUCCACUGCUGGCGAGAGUGCCAAGAUACAGCCUAAGGCUAAUUCCAUUGUCCUUGCCGGCAGCUGCCCGCUGUGCGAAACAGCCAUCUUUGGGGCUGCUGCAUCACCUAUGUUCUCCUAGCAUAUUUGGAGAGUGUGCGUUUGCAUCUUUACUGCGGACAGUGCCACAGUUUGGAAGAUGACACACAACGCAGUUGCCUUUGCUCUGGCGUCAGACUAGCGGGCGGAAAAGUAUGACACAAAUUUGAUGUCGGUGUCUGCUUCCCCAAGGUCAAGAAAUUAUCUCCUUAGAAGGCAACAGUACUAUGCACGUUAUGAAUUGUGUCUCCUUGGUCAGUGAUAAAGGAAAUGGGAAUACUGCCACGACAGCUGGAUUCAUGAUUGGGCAAACGCCGCCACCACCACCUCCUCCUCUACCCCCUCCACCUCCACCAUGCCCAUACUCAGGGGAAGGGUUUCCUCCCUCUCCUCCCCCUCCCCCUCCACUGCCUGGGGGGCCUCCGGUCCCCCCUCCCCCACCAGGACUACCCCCAACCUCUCACCUGAACGGCUACAGCCACCUCGGUAAGAAAAAGCGGAUAAGGAGCUUUUUUUGGAAGACCAUUCCAGAGGAGCAAGUUCGUGGCAAAACCAACAUCUGGACCUUGGCAGCCAGGCAGCAGCAUCACUACCAAAUUGAUACAAAGAGCAUCGAGGAGCUGUUUGGGCAGCAAGAAAAUACCACCAAGUCUUCCCCUUCUGGGAGAGGAGGGCCUUUAAAUUCGUCCUUCAGGGAGGGCAGAGAAGAGAUUACUAUCUUGGAUGCAAAACGGAGCAUGAACAUUGGGAUAUUUCUAAAGCAGUUUAAGAGGUCUCCUCUGUCCAUUGUGGAAGAUAUUCAUCAAGGAAAGAGCGAGCAUUAUGGAUCGGAGACAUUACGCGAAUUUCUUAAGCUUUUGCCAGAGUCAGAGGAGAUAAAGAAACUAAAGGCAUUUAGUGGAGACGUGGCCAAGCUGUCCCUAGCAGACUCCUUUCUGCACUGCUUAAUUCAGGUGCCAAACUGUUCACUGCGGAUUGAAGCCAUGGUGCUAAAGAAAGAAUUUUUGCCUUCUUGUUCUUCUCUAUACACAGAUAUAACCAUUCUAAGAACCGCUACAAAAGAGCUGAUAUCAUGUGAGGAACUACAUUCGAUAUUACACUUGGUGCUGCAAGCAGGGAAUAUCAUGAAUGCAGGAGGGUAUGCUGGCAAUGCAGUAGGAUUUAAACUAUCUUCUUUGCUCAAAUUGGCAGACACAAAAGCAAAUAAACCUGGGAUGAAUCUCCUGCACUUUGUUGCACAGGAAGCCCAGAAGAAAGAUGCCAUGCUUCUAAACUUUUCUGAAAAAUUGCAUCAUGUUCAGGAGGCUGCCAGAUUAUCUCUGGAUAACACAGAGGCAGAGCUGCACUCGCUCUUUGUCAGGACAAGAUCGCUAAAGGAGAACGUCCAGCGGGAUGGCGAGCUCUGUCAGCAGAUGGAAGAUUUCCUUCAGUUUGCCCUGGAAAAGCUGGCAGAGCUGGAGCACUGGAAGCAAGAGCUCCAGGACGAGGCCCACACCCUCAUCGACUUUUUCUGUGAAGACAAAGACACCGUGAAGCUGGACGAGUGCCUUCAGAUAUUCAGAGACUUCUGUAUCAAAUUCAACAAAGCAGUGAAGGACAACCACGACCGCGAGGUGCAGGAGCUGAGGCGGCUGCAGCGGCUGAAGGAGCUGGACCAGAAACGGCAUUCCUGGGCAGCUGGGGAGCUUGGAUUCGGCCGGAGCAGCAGUGAGAAUGACGUGGAGCUGUUGACUAAGAGGGGCGUGGAGGACCUGCCCCCCUUCCUGCACUCCAGGCCCAUCAGCCUCUCCUACCGGCCCCCCAACACCCGCCGCUCCCGCCUCUCCCUGGGCAUCACGGCCGACCGGGAGCUGCUGACCUUCCUGGAGAGCUCCACUGGCAGCCCCGAGGAGCUCAAGUUCCACAGCUUGUAUGGCCCCCAGACCAGCAGCGUCAGCAUUUUGUUAGAAGUGAAAGUUCUUGGCCUCAUCCCAGACCUGCUAAAUCAGAAGCUCUGGGGGUGGCGCCCAGUCAUGUGUGUGGGAGGAGCCCUCCCGAUGAUUCUGGAACACACUAAUGUGGGUGGACUGCUGGUUCAGACCUCCAAGCCGCUCUGCCAGCAGUGA